GGGCGCGUUGUGCUCGUGUGUAGUUGCGCGAAAGCGAUUCUUAGACUGAGAGCAAGAACAGCACAAGGAAGAGAAGAGAAAGGGGAAAAGCUAUGGGGAGGAAGAAGACAGUGGAGUUCGAUGAAUCUCCGCCGGACGAUUUCGAUCCGGAGAAUCCGUAUAAGGAUCCAGUGGCGAUGUUAGAGAUGAGGGAAUACAUUGUAAGAGAGAAGUGGAUCGAUAUUGAAAAGGCCAAGAUACUGAGGGAAAAGCUCAGAUGGUGCUACCGUAUCGAAGGAGUCAACCAUCUGCAGAAAUGCCGUCACCUCGUUCAACAAUACCUUGAUUCCACUCGUGGCAUCGGCUGGGGCAAGGACGGGCGCCACCCAUCCCUUCACGGUCCUAAAGUGGAGCCAGCCGAAUCUGAGUGAUCCGCUGGGUGGAACAACGGUAAACAAAAUGGCUUGCAGGGAAAUGUUUGGAUGGUUUGACGACCCUCAUCAGCUGUAGUUUUUAUUAUUAUUAUUAUUAUUAUUUCUUUAUAAAAGAAAAAAAGGAAUGUGCAUGGAUCACCACAAACAAUGCUAUUGGCAAUUGUUUUACUUUUGGUUUUUUGUUAUUGUCAAUAACUUAUAGCCGUCAGAAAACACACCCAAAUAAUCAAACCUCUAUCACUGCAUCCUUCUGUUCAACCUCUGUGUUACUUUUCGUUUAAAGUAUGGCUUCAUCUGAUUGCCUAUUUUAGAAAA